GCGAGCUUUUUUUCAGUGACAAGACUGACAGGCGAACAACACUAUUUUCUAACGAGAUUGUUCGGUGUAACUGAAAGAAAGCCGUAGGAGCCUGGAAAUCUGUGGCGAAAGGUUUGCACGAUAAUGGACGGCAUGAUAUGGGACGUUUAGUGGACGGCGCAUAGCAGACAACGAGAGUGUAACAAGUAGUUGACAGUGGCACCCUUGUGAUCCCAGAGUGUGAGUGAGUGUGUGUGUGUGCGUGUGUGUCGGAGAGUUUGCCUUUUCACGUAGGUUGGGCUAUGACAUUGCCAGUGAUUCAGUUUCCAGUAAAUGUGGGAUUUUUUCGCGAGACUCAUCAAAGGGCCCACCAAUAACGAAGACGCAGCUCAAGGUGGCGAGGAGGGCGGCAUCAGGGGAUCGGCGGAAAUGGACCACCGCUUUACCACGCACGAGAACAACAGACACCCCAGGUCCAGCGAUGCAGACCUACAAGACACCAACGAAACGAAAAAGGCAAAGCAGAGAGCGUUCGUGAAAUGGCUGCUGUCCAAGGCGUUCAAUAACGAUGUGCCUCAGCAUCUUCGUGAGCCCUUCUACAAAGACUAUGAGAACCAGGAACACCUUAAGCCGCAGAUCGUUGGGGCCUUGGCGAAUGCGGACAUGUAUUGCCAGGCCCUGGGCAACAUCUAUUCGGAUCCGAAUUACCACAACUUCAAUCACGUUUCCAUUCAGCAGCUGCUCGUCCGCAAAGGGGUGUUCGUCGCCGAUCACAACGACUCCCAGUACACAGAAACCAACCUAAUACAAACGAAUCCACUCCGGAUGAGUGCACAUAUGGUGGUAGUGGAAUCUAUAAUGGUGUUAUAUGCCAAAGAAGUGGCGACAUCCGACCGUGUUGCUGCUGCUGUUCAGCGGUUUAGCAAUGGCAGAGAGGGAGAUCAUGGUGUGCCCGAGUAUCAUGAACUCAGCCUUUUAUAUUGGGUAGACUAUGCGAAUAACGCUUUAAUAAAACGAGUCACCGAAGAUAUAGCUGAAGGCCGCGUAACCAAUGGUACGGAUCGCAGUAAAUCGUUGGACAUCCCCAACAUAACGAAAUGGAGGGAUCUAUGCGAUGGCAUCGGAAUCGCCGGUCUGAUCUCCUAUUAUUGUCCCGAGAAGCUGCUCUGGUCGAAAAUUAAAAUAUCCGCGCUGCCCACUGUUCCAGAGAGUUUGCACAAUUUACGACUCGUUCAAGACUUUUGUUCUCAAUGCUUACCAGCCAAUGUGUUUCACAUGAUGCCUGAAGACAUAACGUACAUGAGAGGGUCUAUGAAGCAAAUACUGAUGGUCUUUCUAGCGGAUUUAUUUAAUUUCUUGGAAAUCCAUCCUGUCGAUUGUGUACGCUAUCCUGGUAUGGAACGGGCGUCAUACGAGGGUUUCCCGGCGCGUAAUGCCCACGGAGUGGCGCACAAACGCAACCUGCCACCCACGGUCAUGACUCCCAUACCUGACCUACGGAGUGGUCUUGACGACAUCGUCGCACCACAACCAUUCCAAGUAUCUCGUACUCCAACGCACCAGCCAUUGAGAAAGACUAGUUCAUUGCAACAUAGUGUUUCUGAGAUGAGUGAGGAUAGUUUGAGGCGUGGAUCCGAGGAUUCGUUCGUUGUCCAUCGUGGAAAGAAUAUACCGACGUUGAAUUCGAUGAUAAACGAUGAGCCCUUAGUGCCGGCACGACUACGUGCCAACAAGGAAAAGAUGAAUUCAGAUACCAAAGCAGAUGAACGGGGCGAUAGCAUGGCGGCGGGAAGGCCGAGCAAUUGGAACGAGAACAAAAGGACCUAUGCUGGUCGACGGUCCCGUCGCAACUCUGUUUCGGAUGACUCGCAGCUCACAAUCGAAAAUUUUGGUGGUAGUCAGGAUAAUCUGAAUUUCAUUGGAAAAAAUCCGGAUAAAGAGGUAGGAGCACACGUUGGUCGUAAAAUCUCAGCACCGGCCCCUCCAAUCCCAUUUGUUAAUAAUCCUGCUGUUCGUUCGACAUUGCAAGAUGCCCGCGGUUCUAUUCAAUUGGGCUAUGACAAUGGUUGCGAAAAACACGAGACUGAACGAGAAAACUUUAAACUGAAACGUCAACUGAGUAGUGAUGACAUGACACUACGCUCGAUGCAAGAACGUAACAAGGAAAAUAUGGUACAAGAUGUUAUCGAUGGCGAAGCUAACAAUAGGAUGUCUUUUGCUGAUGUUAAUAAAAAAGAUCCUGGUGGUAUUCAACUAGUCUAUAUGCAACAAGACAAGGAAGGGUUUCCUUCGAAAUCCAGUUUUAAAACGAACGGUAACGCCGGUGCCACUGAAAAGAAGACCACAACAUUCGCAACUCUUCCGAACACGACCACGUGGCAGCAACAAAGCUCUCAGCAACACGUGGAACACUCGAUCAAUAGAAGCACCUCCGAAGAUUCGAGAAUCGGUGGAAAUGAUCAUAUAGUCACAUCUCAACUUAGUGAUAUACGUAUGAAGCUGGAAGAGAAACGCAGGCACAUCGAGAACGAGAAGCGGAAAUCGGAGAUGGAAAUGAACAGACAACGAUUGAAAGUCGGAAAUGCUGCUUUUCUGCAAGCAGUUGUUAAGGGUAAAAGUGGAAUAGUGAAGUCGUCUUCGGACGCGAUGGUGGAUAGUUUGAUGGUUGGGGGCGGCGGUUCUGUGCCGAAUAGCCCUACACAGGUAAUCGCGGCUGCCCCCGCAGAACCUACUGCUGGGCCUAGUGCCCCAAAGUCACACACCUCGCGACCCCUAACACUGAAGGAUGAAAUUCCUAACACGGAGAUGAAGUGGAUGGAUGAAAACCAACCUUUUGUGGAGAACCGCCGGACACCAGACAUGGAUAAUAUGAAUAUGGAUACUUAUCAGCAAUCUAUCAAUUCUGUUGUGAAUUCUAGUCUCCAAGAUAUGCAGCGUCUGGCUUCGCAUCAACACCAAAUGCAGCUGGCGGCUCAAUACUACGCACAGCACAAUCAACUCCUGCAACAACAAUUAGUUCAACAGCAAUUAUAUAAUCAGCCACCGAUGUAUAAUCCUCUUCAGUCAUCGGCGAGUGCGCCGCACAUCCCACAAUCGCUCUACCAGCAAUCGCGUCUGCAAAACGAACCUCAAUUCUUCCUCCACGGCCAACAAGAAUCUCCCGUCCCUCAGUUAGUGGCUCCACAAAGACGCACUUGGUCCCAACAACCACAGCCGACGCCGCAGCCACCACCACAGAUUGUUCAUCCACCAGAAACAUACCAGCAGCCAGAGAUGCGCACUUGGGCUAAACCACAAAAUCCAAAUGCCUUCAUUUUGCACGACACCAGUAGUGAUCGUUACGACAAAUAUCAUGACAAUAGAUACCAUAAUGGAGGUGGCGAUCAUAGUAUGAAUCAUAGCGCCGGUUCUGCAAGUGGUUAUACGCUAAGUCAACAACACCAGUUGUACGGCAGUCAUUCAAAUACACCAAGCACGUCACCGCAACACCACCGACAACACCGUCAAUUAUCCCAAUUGAUGGAAGCAAAACGCUCUUCGCCGGUUUCACUCCAGAGUAUGGAGCCCGUCCGACCUGAACGCAAGAGCAACGUGAUUCACGCCCCGAUACCUGCGCCGCCUGCAGAUGAUAUGGAGCCGCAGAGUAUAUCAUUCAUUGGAAAGGACGAACAGAACACCGAAGGUCUUAGUCGUUUGAAUAUUACGUCUGGUAGUAGGACAUAUCGGAUACCAUCACCGACGAGGCCAUUGAUAACACGUAACUCGUUUCAACCGUCACCAUCACCACCCCUUUUAGAGAGAUCUGCAUCGCACGCCGCCGAUAUUAGCAGCCUUGACAAUCGAUCCGAUCCAAGUAGCCAGAAAGGAUUUUAUAUUAGUUUUGAUAACGAUGCACCGAAAAGACCUAAACCUCCACUGCGGACCAAGAAAGGUACUGCAUCACCGCGAAAAGAACGAAGUUAUGUAGAAGAUGAUGACCCUACACGUGAUCGCGAACGAGAGAGAGAAGCUAUGGUUGAAAAAAGGAAACAACUAGAAAGAGAGUUAGAACAUGAGCGACUGAAGAAGGAAUUGGAGGAUAAACGAAGAUAUGAAAAGAUGAUGGACAGACAGAACCGGGAAGCGACUAGUCAUGAAAUGGAUAAGGUUAACGCUGCAUCGGCGUUGGUUAUUGGAAACGAUCUCAGCAAUCCUGAUCCAGAUUUAAUAGAUGAGAGGGAAAAGAAGAAAGAACGCAUAUUAUUGAUGUCGCUGCAACGCAGGCAAAAACAAGAAGAAGCAAAAGCGAACAAAGAAGCAGAAACACAAGCUCGAAGGGAUCGGGAAAAGGCUAAGGAAGAUGAGAAGCUGCGGAAAAAGGAAGAGCAGGCAGCUAGGAGACAACUUAUACUCGAACAGCACAAAAUGAAAAAAGCUAUCGAAGAAGCGGAGCGGGAAGGCAAAGAUGUUGAUAAAUCUCUGCUGAACUCGUUGAAAGGUGUACCUAAGUUACGCGCUAAAGGUUCAACCGCUAGACCUCGUCCGAAGACGAUUCAUAUCGAUAGUGGAUCUGUUGAGAUGGCAGAGGGAAUUGGUUUACAACCAUCUCGUGGCAAAAAAGGUUCCAGCUCGAACCUCACUGCUAAUUCAUACCAUUCAUCCACUAUGAAACGGGACUAUUACAGAGGCUCUCAAGACAGUUUAGCUAGUAGUGGAUUGCUAUACAAAGAUUCCCCAGACGACAGCAGGGGAAUGUCUCCUUGUCAUAGUGCAAACCAGACAUUGGGGCGCCGCAGUUCAUAUAAGACUUCCCGAGACCCGUCACCGGCACAGACCCGAGGAAGGCCUAAGUAUUCCACUUAUCAAAACUUUAAAGGUCGCAAGUCAAACUCUAUGAUGAAUCUGUACGGAUCCAGUACUGAUCAAGAUAGUAUGGCUUAUCGUUUCGGAGAUACGGAUAGCGGCCUUGGAAGAGCGACUCCUCCACGCAGAGCACCAUCUCCAGGUAUGGGCCCAGUGCGACACCUGACGUCCCCUUCAUCCGGACCCGGGAGUCUUCCAGUCUCGAAGAGGAGAGGUGUCUUUGACGACGGAUCUAGUGACAUUAGUUCCACCCCUAGUAGCAUUUUAGAUUAUUCAGGUCCAAGACUUUACAAGCAGCCAGCAACGAAAUCGAACCGCAGCAUAAUGCACAAUGCUCUCGAGUACUGCGUCUUUCCAGGCGCCGUCAACCGCGAAUCCAAACAGCGUAUACUCGAUUGCAUCGCGAAAUCCGAGGUUAAGCAUUUCCUGUUGCUCUUCCGGGAUGCUGGCUGUCAGUUCCGGGCUUUGUACUCGUACUCUCCCGAUAUGGUGCCCGAGAGGGUGGAAAAACUUUACGGCACCGGCCCGAAACUUGUCGACGACAAGAUGUUCGACAAGUUCUUCAAAUACAACUCAGGUGGCAAAUGUUUUGCCCAAGUUCAUACCAAACAUCUGACUGUGACUAUAGACGCGUUUACGAUCCACAAUAACCUGUGGCAAGGUAAGAAAGUCAAUAUGCCGAGCAAGAAGGACAUGGCCCUCGUCAUCUAGUUUAAAUAUGCGCUUGUUGGUUUGUUUUACUGUACGUUCAUUUUAUUCGUAAUCAUUUGUGUCUCCCAUCAUCCUUCAUGAUACUCUCCGCAAGUAUGUACGUGUUUUAUUGCAGAAUACAAUAUUUUAAAUUAAUAUUAAAUAUAAUGCCGGAGGAGAAUUUAAAGGACACCGUCAAAUUGUUAUUUAGUCAUCUAAUAUUGUAUUAAUUAAUAUUAUUUUCGUUUGUUAUGCUUUACUUAAAUAUUAAGGCUUUAUUUAUUACUCGUGUUUUCGAAUGUCCUUGAGUGUUUUUCAUUUGCGAGAAAGGAAAGCCUUCAAAUUAAUUCAUAAAUGGAUUCACUUUUACUUUUUUUUUUAAAAAAAAAAUCAUUUUAAUUAUCGAAGAGGAAAAAAAAUUAUAAAAUAAACAAAAGAUGAACUAAUUGCCAAUGACCCAUCGUCUGAGAUAUUAGUUAGUGCCUACGAUAUUGUUUGUUUUCUUUUUCUUUUCUUUUAAAUUGAAAUACGUUUUAUUUUAAUUUAUGAUCAAGUUGUAUUAUUUUUACACAUAUUUUUUUUAUGUAAGCUCUCUUUCUCUCUCUAAUUAUACUUAUCUACACUAUUUACCAUUGAAUUACUUUCUUUUUGUGCCAGUUUUACUGUUUUCAUUUGAACGAUUUUACUCUAAAAUUGCAACAGGGUAACACGUUUUUCAUGUGACUUUGAAACGAUCUUCGUUUACAUAUGUCCCUGUUGAUUGAUGAAGAAACUGCCUUUGCUUUGUUUGUAUAAAUUUAGGAAUAUAAAGUCCAGAAGAAAAGGUAACAAUAAGAAAAGAAAAUAAUGUAAAUUUAUAUUUCUUAGUGUCAUUCCAUUGAUUGUAAUUUAUA